AUUUUAUAUAUUCAUAUCUAAUCAUCUCCCCAUUAAAGACCAAUCGCCUCUCUUCCAAUUUCCUCUCUAUUCCCCGGAAAAUCAACAAAAUUUCUUUUCUCUGAAUUCGCGAAUUUUGAUUCGUGAAGAAUUCAGAGUAAUGAGUCGCCGACGAUCACGAUCGUUUUCUCAGUCUUGCUUCUCCGGAGAUAAUCCGAUCCUUCUUUGCCUUUAGUUUCGUCGGCCGUCCAAUCAUUGCUCGACGAAUUAUCAAAAAUCUUUUCGUUGACUAAUAUUUUUUGUGUGUUGGAAAUUGGAAUGAGCCGGGAGGUUCUGCUGCGAUCUACGCCGGCGAAUAGGCGGCAGCCAGCGCCGGCGGAGAAGGCGAAUGACAGGAGGCGGCUGGGGGAGAUGGCCGGAGGGACGGCGGCGGAGUGCGCUGCGGUAUGCUGCUGCUGUCCGUGCAGCGUCAUGAACCUCCUCGUCCUGGCCGUCUACAAGGUCCCGGCGGGCCUGUGCAGGAAGGCCUGGAAACAGAGAAAACGUCAUCGUUUGAUCAAGAUGAAGAAUCAGAAGCACAUGACGACGGGCCUGUUGCCGCACAGGCCCGGGAGUGCCGUUGUUGGGCCCACGUGCGCGGAGUUGGAGGCAGAGAUGAAGAGGCCGAUUGGUGUUGAAGACGAGGAUGAGGACAUGGGCGAUGGGGGAACAGACGCCGUCGAUUUGGAGAAGGAAAUGUGGGACCGGUUUUUUGCGGGUGGGUUCUGGAGGAGUCCCUCUCAGAGAGAGACGUCAUGACGUGAUUGCUGCCCCUCUCCCUAUCUCCCUCUUCCGAAAAGCUUUUCCAAGACGAAGAGAACCAGAGUUCAGUCUUUCAUGCUUUUACCGUUUUAGAUCUUCAAGCUUCGGACAUUUUGAGGUUUAGGGUCCUGAGUCCAAAACGCGUGUUGCGUGCACUUUAGUUGGGUGUUUAUUUUAAAUUUGUGUUUUGCUGACUUUUAAACUUCGGUCUUUUGUACGCGAAAUGAGUAUUCUAUUAAAAUAAUAAAUAAUUAUUAUCAAAAAUGAGGAAGUGUGAAAUAAAAUAAUUAUUUUAAUUCUUUAA